GAAAAAUCGACAACACUGUUUCUUCCUUUUGGAUCAUUCAAAUCGAGCAGUUCUCCCAAACCAGCCUCGACACAGAAAUGGCGUCUCAGAAGGACGGCGCUCGGUUGGAUGACGACCGUACCACAGUCAAACACGCACAAAACAAGAUUGUUACGUCAAUAGAUGAAGUCCCUGUGACAGUCGAACGCAAGCCGUUCAUCCAGCCCGAGGAAAAUCAACGUCUGCUUCAUGCGGGUACCGCCCGCGCCAACCUCGCGCCGACGUACGACCAACCCAAGGGCACAACAGACAACAACUGGGCCAUGGACCACAGGCAUCAGACUGUACUCCAGCAGCACGUCGAAUUUUUCGACCAGGACCGUGACGGAGUCAUAUGGCCCAUGGAUACCUUCCGCGGCUUCCAUCGCCUCGGCUUCCACCUUCUGCUAUCCUUGCUCGCGGUAUUCAUCAUCCAUGCCAACUUCUCAUACCCAACUGUCUCGUCUUGGCUGCCGGACCCGCUGUUCCGACUGUACGUGGGAAACAUCCACAAGGCAAAGCACGGCAGCGACAGCGGGACCUAUGACACGGAGGGGCGGUUCGUGCCACAGAAGUUUGAGGACAUGUUUGCCAAGUAUUCCAAGGGCGAGAACAGGGAGAGCCUGACGCUGUGGGACGUAUGGGAUCUGCACAAGGGGCAGCGGCUGUUGGCUGAUCCGAUCGGGUGGGGGGGCAACGUUUUCGAGUGGGUUGCGACGUAUAUCAUGCUGUGGCCGGAUGAUGGGAAAAUGCGGAAAGAGGAUAUACGGGGAAUAUAUGACGGCAGUUUGUUCUACAAGAUUGCGGAGCAGCGAGAGAAGAAUUUGUGA